AUGUGUGACCAGCAGCAAAUUCAGUACUGCCUGCCGCUCCCCCAGUGCUGCGUCAAGGGUUCCUCCUUCGGUCCCUCCCAGUUCCCCGGUGCCAACAGCCAGGUGGUAGCCCCAGCCCCUUGUGGGAUGCAAAUUCUGGAAUGCCCUGUACCAUGCCAAGUCCAAGUUUCCCAGACUCCUUGCCAGUCUCAGACCACCCAGGUGGAGUGCCAGGCUCCCAGCAAGUCUAAGAUCACUCUGGUGAAAGGCCAGGCUUCCAGUAAGACUAAAACCACCCAGGUGAAGGGCCAGGCCACUGGCCAGUCCAAGACCACCCAGGUAGAGUGCCAGGCUCCCUGCCAGACUCAAGUUUCCUGUGUUCAGAGCCAGGCUCCAUGCCAGCCUGGGGUUUCCUACGUGCAGUACGAAGUCCCAUACCCUGGGACUGUCUUUGUAGAAAGUGCUCCAGUUCGCUACACAGAAACGUGUUACGUGAAAUAUCCGGUCCAGACCUAUGUCCCAGUUCUAGCUCCUCAACCUGUCACUACUUAUGUGGAAUGUUCCCCAAUGUCCCAGACUCAGGGAAGCUUCUCGACACAGUGCCAGUACCAAGGUUCCUUCACCGGCUACGCCCCACAGCGCCAGUCACAGGCUUCCUACAGCAGCUGUGUCCCCCAGUUCAACUCAGGGGUCUCCUACAGCGGCUGCACUGCCCAGAGCCAGUCCCGGGCUGCCUACAGCAGCUGCGCUCCCCAGUUCUAUUCGGGGGCCUCCUACAGCGGCUGCGCCUCCCAGCGCCAGUCCCGGGCUUCCUACAGCAGCUGUGCCCCCCAGUUCAACUCAGGGGCCUCCUACAGCGGCUGCGCCCCCCAGCGCCAGUCUCGGGCUUCAUUUGGCACUUGUGCACCCCAGUGCCAGGCCCAGGGUUCCUAUGGGAGUUUCAGUGGGCAGCGUCGAUCUCAGAGCACCAGCAGAUGCCUCCCGUCUCGCCGGCUGGAACCUCCUUACCGCAGUUGUUCCCCGCCACGCCGAUAUGAGCCCUGCUACAGCAGCUGCCAGCCAUCAAGGGGUUCUGGCUCCUACAAUUACUGCACCCCGCCCCGCCGCUCCGAGCCUAUCUACCACAGCCACAGUGCUCCGCGUCCCAGUGCAGGCUGCUCCCAGAGAUGCGGACCCAAGUGCCGGAUAGAGAUUUCCUCCCCUUGCUGUCCCAGGCAGGUUCCACCACAGAGAUGCCCUGUCCAGAUUCCCCCCAUCAGAGGGCGCUCCCGGAGCUGCGGCCCACCACCGUCCUGGGGUCGCUGCAGCCCGGAGCCGAGGCCACGUGUAGAGCCACGCCCCCUCCCACGGUCCUGUUCGCCACAGCGCGGAGGUCGUUGUCCACAGCUAUCCCCACCACGAUGCUCUCUUCCUCCUCCGCGUCUGUGUCCACGCCCGGAACCGUGCAGAAGCCCGGAACUGUGCAGAAGUCCGGAGCCCCGCCCACGUCCUCCUCCGCGGCAAUUUUCAGAACCUUGUUUGUAUCCGGAACCAGCUCCCCGUGCAGUUCCGUGCCCAGCUCCAAGACCUCGCCGACUGCAAUGUGAGAACCCGCAUCCAUGCCCGCAGCCCAGGGAGUAUGCAGAGCCAAUUCCCCUGCCAGCUCCGUGCUCAAGCCCAGAACCAUGUGGGGAGCCUAUUGGCUGUCCGAGCCCCUGCCUAAACCCAAACCCAAUUUCAUUCCCACCAAAUGCGGGCUGUCAUGAGUCCAGUCCACGCUGCCUCGACACAGAGGGUUCCAACUGUGGCCCAUGCAAUUACAACCAGGGGCAAGAGAGUGGUGCUGGCUGUGGAUCUGGUGACGCGUUUCCAGAGCCCCAAGGUCUAGGUGGAUGUGGAGACCAGGGCAACACGGGCGCUGGAGCAAAAGGCGGGGCUUGUAUUGGAAGAAAGGGUGCCUAUUUUUAA